AGUGAGAAGAGAGGUCAGUCAUAGUCAGAUUGUCCAAGAUGUCGGUUGUGUGUUUCUCCUUGAACCGCUGCGGCGCCCUGGCAUUCCGUUCCCCUGCUGGGUUCGUGGCGGUGCGGUUUGCCCAGACCGCGGCCGCCCCUGCGGUCCAGCCCAGAAUCAAGAAGUUCCAGGUGUACCGCUGGGACCCUGACAAGCCUGGAGACAAACCUCGAAUGCAGACCUAUGAGAUCGACCUCAACACCUGUGGACCCAUGGUGCUGGAUGCACUGAUCAAGAUCAAGAACGAGAUGGACUCCACGCUCACCUUCCGCCGCUCCUGCAGAGAGGGUAUCUGCGGCUCCUGCGCGAUGAACAUCAACGGGGGCAACACGCUAGCCUGCCUCAACAAGAUCGACACUAACACCAGCAAAGCGACCAAGAUCUACCCGCUUCCGCACAUGUACGUCGUCAAGGACCUGGUGCCCGACAUGAGCAACUUCUAUGCGCAGUACAAGUCCAUCGAGCCCUACCUGAAGAAGAAGGAUGAGUCGAAGGAGGGGAAGGAGCAGUACCUGCAGAGCGUGGAGGACAGGCAGAAGCUGGAUGGUCUGUAUGAGUGCAUUCUGUGUGCCUGCUGUAGCACCAGCUGUCCCAGCUACUGGUGGAACGGAGACAAGUACCUGGGCCCCGCUGUCCUCAUGCAGGCGUAUCGCUGGAUGAUCGACUCGCGAGAUGAUUACACGGAGGAGCGACUGUCCAAGCUGCAGGACCCCUUCUCCUUGUACCGCUGUCACACCAUCAUGAACUGCACCAAAACCUGCCCCAAGGGACUGAACCCUGGCAAGGCAAUAGCAGAGAUAAAGAAGAUGAUGGCGACUUACAAGGAGAAGAAAUCAGCUACUGCCUGAACCUUAGACACAUGGCCCCUGAACACUCCUCCCUAGACACAUCGCCCCUGAACACUCCUCCCCCCAC